AUGUCCAAAGCACAAAACAAAUCCUCGCCCAACGCACCGGUGAAGAAAUCGCAUUUGUUUAUGGUCUCGAGCGUUGUUGAAGUGUCAGAAACUCUCGCUCCCGCGGAUAACAGAAAUUACACUUAUCGCGGCACGACAGUAGCAAUCACUUGCAACGGCUGGGAUGGAGACAAUGAACGAGAGUACGAUGGUUCACUGAUUGCGUACUGUGGUUCGAUGGAAGCUCCAUUGGAAAAUCACUGCUACGCGAUCAAGGCAAAAAUGAUCCCGAGUUCCGAGUCUGCUCACUACAAACUUUAUUUCGAAGCGGACCAUAAGAUCCUGGUUGGAACGUCAGACACCUUUACCGGCGAGUUGAAUAACAACACCUCGGUCUCAGGUUUUGGCAUCAUUUCCGAGCGUCGAGAGAUAACGGACACCGACUCUGAUGAUGUGAUACUCGGCUUCGUGAUGGCUCACACUGACUACGAUCCACAGGCCCGCGAAUCAAUCCCGUUUCAAGUCGAAUACCGCAUCCGACCAACUCCCAAGAUGAAGCCCUCUCAAGGUCUUAUCCAAGACGGCAAGGAAACACUUGUCCAUGGCUUCAUAGUCGACUGGGAUAACGAGGCCAAUCGGUGGAUUGUGACCGGUCUCAACGUCGCUAGUGGCCAUGAGCCUGCGACGAAGAAGCGCUCCACUCCGGGAACCAAAGUCACACCCAGCGGCAGGGUACGGCCCGCCAAGCACGUCCCUGACUCGAGCCCCACCCCUGCUGCAAAUCCAGGGAAAGCUGUUCGCCACGUCUCGAAAGCGAAGACGCUUCCACCGCUCCCCGCAGAAGAGAGCUACUUCGACGAGGACGGACAAGUCGUUGAGACCGAGGCAGAGCCAGCUCAGGCCGGGCCAAGUGGCUCCAAACGCCCAGCUGCUGGACGUCAAGCCAAGAAAGCCAGGCAAGGUUAG